AUGACCAGCUCGUCUUCCACCCCGGAUAUAUCUACAUUGUCCCUCACUUCCCAGCCCUCCCAGCAACGUCUUCAUGAUGCUUACGACUACGAAGGCAACGUCGGUGGCAAUGCCAAAACUCCAUACCACUACUCCACGUCUCCCCCCAUCCCGGCGCAGUCCCAGUACAACCCCAUCGGAAUGGGCCAGUCUCCACUCAAGAAUAGACCUGUGUUGCGCGGAGGCCUUCCUUCUCAAUGGCUUGAUAAUGCGGCUGGCAUGGCCGAUAAUCGCUCCCUCUCUCCGCAUAAUAAUUCGGACCUAUCGUCCUCUGGAGGCUCACCUCCUCCCAUUGGCAACAUGAUUGUUCCUCCAAUGACACCUGGGACACCCAUUCCAGGUGCGGACGACGAGAUCAUACCCACAGCCAUUGUCAUCAAGAACAUUCCAUUCAAUGUGAAGCGCGAGACGCUCCUUGAGAUCAUCACUUCGCUCUCGAUUCCGACGCCGUACGCGUUCAACUAUCAUCUCGACCAAUCAGGUCAAUUUCGUGGGCUUGCCUUCGCCAAUUUCCGUCAGGCACUAGAUGCAGACGCAGUCGUAGCUGCUUUGAAUGGAUUUGACGUACAGGGCCGCAAGCUGCGUGUCGAGUACAAGAAAGUUCUCCAAGCUGGGGAGAAGGAGCGCAUCGAGAGAGAAAAGGCAAUUCGCCGCAUGAAAUCUAUGCAGCUGGAGAGAGAACAGGCCGCUAUGGUACAGCAGCAGGUGCAAACGCCGUUUGACGAUUUUGGACCCAUUGCCUCUCCAUUCACACCUCAGCGGUCUUUCUCGGCUUCGAAUGUGUAUCAGAAUCAGCCUUUCUCGCCUUCGCAGAUACCGCCGUUGCCAACCCCGCAGCCUUACGCAGUCUCGACGCCGCCGUUGCCACCAGCUACACCGGGUAGCAUAAAGACAUCGUCUACAGAACUUGAUCUUAAUGAUCCUUCGACUCUAGAGAUCUACUCGCGCAUCCUUUUGUUUAAGGAUGACCGCAUGAGAGAUGAGCUUGCCUUCUCAAGAACAUUAUCGCCAAAGCAACGACGCGUUGUUCAUCUCGUCGCCCAGAGGCUCGGAGUAUACCACUACUCUGUUGGUGAGGGUGAGGAGAGAUACGCUGUGGUCACACGUAUUGAUCCGAAUGCGCAGCAACAGGGACCUGGUCCACGACAGACACUGACUCGUGCACCAUCUUCGUACUUGGCGCCUACGUCGCCCCAGGUGCCCAAUGCCUUACGUGUGAAGAAGUCUAUGCCGGACAUGAAGACCCUGCAGGCUCAAGCACCCCGAUUGACGACACGCGCUUCUAACGGCAACAUACGUGAAGGAUACGCCACCAUUGCAUCUCCUUCUCGUCGCUCGCCUGGCGGGUUUGCCUCGUUGUUCUCUAACAAUGGCAACGGGUUUGGCAACGGGAUCCCUCCCGUGCCUAGCCUUCCGUCGAACCUAGGUGGCGGAAUGGACAGUCCGGGCGGUGUGAUGCGGCAACCUCGCGGUCCCGGAACAGGGGGCUUCGAGUCUCGGAGGGAGAGGCGCGAGAGUCAGUCGCGCAGUGGAUUUGAUCCUCGCUCUCAUGAGCCGCUGGAGAUCUAA